UGCAAUUGGUUAGACCUGUUACUAUCCCCCGCGCAACCACAGGAACAAGUCCAGCAAUUUGGGCCCGUGGGUGGGGAGUACUUUGAAGCGGUCCUGUCGGGGACUUUCGGGGGUAGGGGGCGGGGCAAAUCGAAAAUAACUUCUCUUUGUUUUUGUGAAGUACAUCAUUUCUCGCACGGUUGACAAGGUGACGGCGGACUCGAUAGCUGUGGAAAGGCCCUUUUGAAACAUGUCCCGGCAACAUGCAGGCCAUCACGAAAUUGACGUCAACACCUUGUAUUGAAUCAACUCCAUGAACAGGGAGAGGCAAUAAGUCCCAUCUUAAAAGAUGCUUGAUGUCUAGACGUGAAUAGUCUGUCCGCAGUCACUUUUCAUUUUGUAUAUCGGGACCCUUUGACAGCGCACGAGUGAACCGGAGCGCAGUAACGAGCCCUAACCCCACUCAAUUGCCCUUAUGCGCGUUCGAGAGCCUCCAAAGGGAAUAUUGAGGGUCUUUGUACAGUUUCAGUUUAUUUUACCGACAAAAAAGAACAAAACAAAGCAAAAGACAAGUAUACAGAAAUACGCAGAAGCAAUGUGGUGAGGAAGCCCAAAAAGAAACCAUAAGGCUUAGGUCAUCCCCUUUUCGUUCGUUUAGCGUCGAAUAGGUUUCCUGGUUUUGGGUGGGUCGGUCGGUUGGGUAAAAAAAAAGUCACAAGAAAUCUGAGAACAGGAGGCCUGAAACACCAGCAUCAUUGCCGUGGAGCCUGAAAACAACAAGACAUGGUCACCAAAUCGACACAAACUCAAUAUGGCGGAAAAUGUGACGGUCAAUUUCAUAAAAAAAAGGCCCAAAAAGGGUAAAAAGCAAAGCGGAUACACCACCGAACGUUUUAUGCAUGGAAAUGCUGUUAUAAUGCUCAUUUCUUAGAUUAAAAGAAUUAAUUUAAGUCGGAAAAAAAAUAAACCUUGUCGUUUCUUUCUCUUGCAUUUUUAAAAAAUGCCAAAAAACUGGGUCUGUUGGACAACACUUAACAAAGAAAAAAUUAAUAUAGGUAUUUAAAGCUCCCUUAAAAUAUAAAAGUAUAAGUUUACAAGGACAGGAUCGAACGUAUACUGAGUAACUAAAUGAUAAAAAUUUGAUCAAAAUUAAAUGAAAGGCUAAGAGGCUAAGCGCUGUCUGAUAACGAAACGGUAAAUAAGAAGUGCUGCUUGUCAUUUAAUAGAGACGUGAAAUACUGGGUGGACCACAUCCUGAACUCCUGCGAAAACCGGAAGAGAGGAACGCUCAGGGCUAAGGAGACUAAACAGGGGGCGUAGCUGCUUGUACGCACGGUUCGCACGUGCGUACCCGAAAACGUGGAGGAGAAAAAAUAGAAUGAAAUAAACAUAACUAAAAAAUUCGGUUUCCAGAGAAGCGACGGCAUUAAUUGGAGAACCGAAUCUUGGAUGAUUUAUUUAUAUAGCAAGCUUGAUGAUGUAAAGCGUGAACGCGUUGUUUUCUCCACGACCUGUCUUCGGAUUAGACGAAGUAGGGCACAAUUACGUCGAUGUGUGGUGUUUUUGUCGGUCAAAAAUAAUGUGACAAAAAGGGGUAAAAAGAGUCAUUUGUAAACUAAAAUCGGAGCUGAAUAAUAGCUGAAUUAAUGAUAAAAGGUUGACGUCAAUGAACCGAGAUAACAAGCCGACAGAAUUAAAGAAUUUUAGAGGUUGUGUCAUUUCAUAAACAGCAGAAAUGCUUUUGCUUACAACCGUUAACCCCACCUUUAAUAAUAAUCAAGGCACCUUAAAAAAAUGUUGAGAUUUGGGGUGGGGGGUAGGGGGGUGGGGAAGACCAUGUAGAAAAAUUUGGGCGUACCUCCGGAAAAAUCGUGACUACGCACCUGCUAAAGCCUGAAACUGAAUAACAGGAGUCUUGACGAAACGUCCUCAGAUAUCAUCUGUCCGGAGUCGUACUUUCAAGGAAGCGCUAAUCAAGAAUCACUCAUGACGGAAUGAAAACUCCUCGUAGCUUCCAGCGAAAAAAGGAGGACAACAGUGGUAAGCAGUCGUUCUGUUAAAUGUAACGCAAUCUUUGCCGUUCACGAUCUUUCGGCGCUUGGAUUUAAAACGUUGUUGUUUGGUAUGUUCUCCCGUGUGGAUACCUGACAUUUCCAAUAUAUGGAAACACCAUGCUAAGGUACGAACAACAGACAUUCAGAACAUUGUUUUGUACUCUAAAAUCUGAUUUCAUGGACGUAAAACGUUUUGAAUUUUAAGACUUUUUAAAAUUAGUGCUUUGCCCUCCCUUUGACAACUUCACGUGACUGGUGCACUUGGCAGGAGUUGACAGCUUAAAUCUGCCUUUCUUGAUAGCAAACGGCAAAGAAGAGAUGAAAGAAGAGAUAAAGCUCUUUAACGUGGUAAAAGACUCGUUACUGAAAUCGAGGUACCAGUGGACGAUUUGGGGCUUUGAAAUUUGCCAUUUUUUCAUUGAACGAAAACGUUCGAAAUAUUGAAAAUAAUGAAAAAUCUCCAAAAUAUUACAUUUUCGUUCAAACUGAGUAAAUCACUAUUUAAAAUGUGUGCAAUUAUGUACUCUUCUGAAUAAGUUAUUUGUUGUCCGCAUUACAAUGGAUUUGAAUUUUAAAACGAUUUUUUUGUGACACAUGGUCUAGGGCCUGGAUUACCCGGUCCGAGAGCCGCGAAACCAAUAACCCCCCCGUACGUGGAAAAUAAUUAUCGGAUCGAAGUAAAAAUUACAUUUAUGUUAAUAGCUUACCUAGUGCUACUUUGUGAAUUUUUUUGAGAAUUUUCGAUUUUUCACUUUUGUAGACCUCUGGUCGAUAUUUACUGACAUCCGCUCUGUUAAGACGUUCAUGUAUGGAGUGGGAUAAAUCAUGUAGCGUGCAGAGCCCCUCGUACUCACGAGCCACUUCCACCCCCAAACAUUAUCAGUUUUUAUACAAGGAAGCCGGGAAAAAGUAUUUCCAAAAAAAGAUAAUCACCCCGGCCCUUUCCAUGCACAGUAAGGCUUUUGUACUUCUUUACAAAUUUAAUACAACCUGAACGAUGCUUGGCAGUCUGGCAGAGGUGGGUUUUUUUUUGCUAUCUCAGGGCCUCAAACCAUCGCUUUUCAUGAACCUGCUCUAGACUUAGCUUUCAAACUGCUGUAAGAGGUACCUCGUCGAGUUUCCUCUUUGUACCUAGCCUUCUUUAAAACUAUUUUAGCUGCUUUUUUCAGGACUGUCGGUCUUCCCCUUUGUUUCUUGUCUUCAAAACCUUCAUUUCUCGAUGACCAUUUGAUCAUCCUAAGUUAACACAAGAAACAUUUUAAACUCCCUUUAAUAGUGUCCUUUUUUUUGAAGAUUUUUCUAAUCUUCUGUUUGAAUGAUUUAGGCAUUGUACCUGUUGUUGCAAUGUAACUACACGGUGGAAGAUGCUAUAGGAAAGAAGAAAAGUCAAACCAAUCCACAAGCAGGUAACUUUUGUCAUUUGCCACGUAUUAUUAACCUUCUCUUGCCAGUCAAUGCACUACUUCUUUUUCCCAAACAUCCAUUCCCACAGUUAUUUCGCUUUGUCUUUUCUUGAAGUAUCAUAAGUUAAUUUAGUUACCUAUGGCCAAAGGUCUUUCUCUUUUGCGCAACUCACUUCCAGAGUAUAUUCGGGGAAGUGCCUCAUUAUGGGAUUUUAAAACCAACAUUAAGACUUACCUUUUCAAACGUGCUUACGGGGACGAGGUUUUUUUCAGCCAAUGUAAUACAUAGAAUUUCUAACCAUUCAUCUUCUAGAGGUUAUCCGGUUUUAAUUUUUAGAAUUUUAGGGAUUUAGCUCUCAGUGCAGCUUCGAAUUUUUAAGUAGGAUUUUUAUCGUAACUUUAAUGCAGUUCGUAGGGUACUCUUUUUAUUAUCAUUCGAUGUAAGUUUUUAAUUCAUUAUUUUUCUUUCUUUUGAAUUCUGUAAAUCGCUACUUAGCUUUUCGAAAUGACGCUAUAUAAAUAAGGUUUAUUAUUAUUAUUUUGUAUAUCGCUCUGUUUUCAUUACUGGGGACGGGAUCAGCAAUAGAUGUAAGUUUGGCUCAGUGGGUAGUCAUUAAGUUUUGAAGCAGCCAUAGCAAAAGAAGGUUCACUCGUAUUGUCUCACAAAACUUUUUUUGGCUUCUACCUGGAUCACCCUCAACAUCAAGCGAGCUCAGCCGUAACAGGCUUACAAGAACAGUACAGCUGUAAAUGCAGCAGUGACUAUCCUGAAAAACCUGAGAGGCUGUUAGAUAAUACAUGUCUUAAAAGGAAAGGUAAACAUUAAUUGUUAGAGAAAAAGUUCAUACGGAAAUCUUGACAUGUUGGUUAGGUGUUUGGAUCGCGUUUUUCAGCAAGACUAAUUUAACUGAUUUCUAUGAUUUUUUGUAUCCUUCAUAAAGAGUGCUGAAUCUUUACACCUCAGAGCUCUCUAGUUUUAUAUCUGCAAGUUUGAAGUCAAUCUCGCUCAACAAUGCUGGUCAAAUUUAACCUUAAGAUAAUGCGCUACGCAAUUGAGAGCACUGAUUUGUAUUUGCUGAAGUUAGGGAAAAAUCUGUCGUAGGAUUUCGAAAUUGUUUACAUUUUUCGUAAAAAUGCGGUUUUAAAUAUAUGCCGAAUCUCAAACGUUUUUAUACACCGUAAUUUUUAGGGAGUUAUUAUAACUCCAAAAAUGGAGUAAAAAUUUUAGGUACAGGAUAACCCCUUUUUUGGGGUUAUUUUAACUCCUAAUUUAACUCCGAAUUUGGGGUCAUUUUUACUCCUGAAAAAGAGUUCUUUUUACUCCCACUCUGGAGUUAAAAUUACUCCGAAAUGGGGUUAUUUGUACUCCUUACAUGGGUUGUUUUUACUCUUUUUGGAGUUAAUUUAACUCUGAAAGUGGAGUAAAAAUUUUAGGUACAGGAUAACUCCGUUUUGGGGGUUAUUUUAACUCCUCAAUAUCUGGGGUCACUUUUACUCCUGAAAAAGAGUUCUUUAAACUCCUUUUUGGAGUUAAAGUAACUCCACGAAAAAUAACUCCACUGUAAGGAGUUAAAUUAGCCCCACUAGAGGAGUCAUUAUAACUCCCUGAAAAUUACAGUGUAGCUACCAGAAAAAAAAAAAAUUUUCUUAAAGAUCCACCAUUCUUUAUUAAGGAGGCCAAAAAUCAUAGAAAUCGGUUAAAUUGUUCUUCUUGAAAAACACGAUUCAAAAACAUAACCAACACGCAAAUAAAUAGGGCCGGGCCAUCUUAAUGCAGCCAACUGAAUGAUUUUGUUGUAGAGAUGGCUCUGUGGUCUGAAGAUGAAUGCAGGGACUUUGAGAGUGGUAAGUUCUCAAAAGAUAAGUCAAUACAAUACAAUAAAGAAUCUUUAUUUAUCCACGGUAAAAUUCAUUCGGGUACAAACAGGUAUGGAUCUAUUUACACCUAGUUACAAGUUAGUUACAAGUCAACAUCUAAAUCGUAAUUACAUUUUUUCAAGCAAAUAUAUAGGUUUAGCCAGGGCUAAAAGCGAAGCUCCCGAUAAUAUGUAUAGUUUGUUCAGUUUGUUCAAACAAAAUAUAACAUCGUGUAAUGCUAAGCGGCGAAGGCAAGCAAGGCCGGACAACGGUGAAAAGCAACAAUAGGUCUAAUUAGCAAAAAAGCAACUUUGAACGUGCAGCACACUUUUUUUGUACAUUUCUUUGGCGUGGUUUUGCACGACUGCAACGUGAAACUUCCAGAAACUUCUUAGUUACACGUUUCAUGGAGGAAAUGUCGUACGUGUUCACAUUUUUUUUCACUGACGCUCAUUUUCACCUUGCGUUGGUGGCCGCUAGCCUUUCUCAUUUUGUCACCGCCGCUACAAAAUUUUGAUGUUGUUCUUCCAACUAAAAAAUGUCUCCUUUGUUUUGUAAUCUCUCGCACUAGAUCUCUGUCGCCCUUUUUCUCGUUGAGCUUCGCUGGCCUGCCGCCCACUUUCUCUUUUACUCUGUCUUUCUCUUGCUCUAUAUUCCAAAUUUGUGGACAUGACAUUUUUUAUCUAAGCUUAAUAGUUUAGACAACACGGUUACAGAAACAAUUUACGCUCUCCGAUUUCGUCUUUAUUGACUCUUUAGUUGUCUCUGCUUUACAAGACACCGGUGGCUAUGCGAUUUCCCGCCAAAAUAACCUCGAGUUGCAUUUGGGUUGCCAUACCUGUUGAUUGAGUUAUUUUAAAUUGGUAUACCUGUGAUGCGGACGGAUGGUCGCUCGGUCGGUGUACGGUGACGUGACUACCAAAUUUUCUCGGAUGUGAAGAUUACUUCCUUUUUGUUAACCAGGGUGGUCCGCUGGCGCGCUUCGCGCGCGAGCUCCGUUAAAACCCUGUUUUUCAUGAAUCUCGUGAUUCUAGUUGUUCAUGUGGUAAUCGUUUAAACGUUUCGUGAAUAUAUUCAGAGAUUCUGAUUGCCUCACGUUUUGAGGAAGACUAUUCCAGAGAACAGAACCACUGUUCUUAGAAUCUCGAAAAGUAUAAGGAGUUGUGUCAGAUCGACUAGUUAAUUUGGAACUUAAAUACUCGGUAGCAAAACCAUUAAGGGAUUUAAAAACCAUGUCAUGCUGGGUACUAAGAUUUUUCCAGUUUAGGCUACAGCUGUAUCCAUCCGUUGUGAUGUGCCGGAAUCAUUCGAGAAGGUCAGAACCUGAGGUGCACGAUUUUGUAGUUUUUGACGUUUAUCCGAUAGUUUUUUGCCACAGGUUCCACAGACAUCAUUCCAAUAAUCGAAAUGCGGUUAAAUGAAGCCUUUGUCAAUAGGAUGUAAUGUUGCUGGGGACAAAUAGUCCGGCCUUAAUAGCCAGGGCACUUUUUUUUAGGAAACUUAUCAAUAUGGCGGGCUCAUGUAAGAUUUGUAACAAUAAGUAUCCCUAGAGAUUUAUUCUUUGGAGCCUGAUUUAUGGCUGAGCCAUUUACAGGUAGAGUGGGAGAUGCAGUUACGGUGUUAAGCUUCUUUCUGGAACCAAUCGGCAAGAACUCGGUCAUGUUUUGGAAAAGGUUGUUUGCAAUAAGCCAUUUGCUGAUAUUUUGCAAAUCUGCAUUUAGACAAGACUGAGUGGCGUCCAUAUCGUUGCCAGCGUAGGUAAGGUGCGUAUCAUCAGCAUACUUUGAUUCCAGAGUGAAAUAAGCAAUUUGAGAGAGUAAGUCUUUGAAAGUGAGCCAUAGAUAGAGCAUUUUCGCGUCAUUUUUUCUAAGUAUGACUGAAACAAAUUGAAAGUAUUUCCCAUAAUUUCAUAGGCCUUUAAUUUGAGUAAUAAGAUGGAGGGGUCUGCUGUAUCAAAGGCCUUUUUGAAAUCGAUAAAAACUAUCGCGUCAACGUUACCGCGAUCAAUUUCAAAAGCCUAGCUAUCGGUAGCUUCUAAUAGAGUAGGAAUUUUUCAAGCUGAGGUUUUUUACUUGAAUAGCAGGCGACAACUAAAGCGGAAAUGUUCACUUCUUCUUUCACACAGCCACAGCGACUUCCACAGGUUUGGUAAAGUAUCGUACCGCACAACUCGCACGUCUUCGGCACAAUUAUCAGCAACUUUCACCUACAUUAACACACCUUCCUGACUUAUCGCCUUUGUAAAUCGUUUCAUUGACAAAGCAUAAUUAUUGAUUAUUGAUUAUUUCGUCUUUAAAAACGUCGAAAACAGCCCAUUCUGUCAGUUCUAUGCCAACUGCCGCCAUUUUGGAAAAAUGAUUCGCAACAGAGUUUGCAGGUUGGGGCAGGACUCUGAUCAUGUUGUUUCUUAACCCUCAAGUAAUAACUGUUAUUGCGAAUUGGCACUGCGAUAUGCAAAUGUGUCACUCAGAUGUAGACACCUCUCGUAAAUCAGUGGGCUCCCGACGAAAGCGCCCGAUAUCAAAACGACAACUGUCGUAAAUCGUUCCUGGUCCGCGAUGUGCUGAUUUUGGAAAUUUCACAGGAGUCACAGGACGAUUCUUGUGGACUUUGAAUGUUUCAAAUUACUAUGGCUAACUUUGAGACAGAAGGUUCUGAACCUUUUUGACUCGUCCAGGCGAUAAACAUGACGAAAAGUCUUCGACUCCAAAGCUGGUCCAAGCUCACGAUUGUGCCGUGAGUCUCACGAUUUUUUAACUUUUUUCACGACAAGACUCCUAACCUCAUGGUUUUUAGUGAAAUAUUCUGAAAUGAACGUUUUUUGUUCAAUGAAAACGGAAAUGUUUACUGUUGCUGAAUCGUAAUUGAUUCUCCUCGUGUAAACGCCGAGUAUCGCAAGCUGCAAAUGACUUCGCGACGGUUUGGCGAGACUCUUGUUGGCCAUAUGUUCUUUAAAUGCGACGAAAUGAGUUAAGGUACGGCUUUAACUGUAAAAACAUGCUUAUUUUUCUCGAAUAUAUCUUUCAAUUCUUCAUAAAUAAAGCUCUACCGGCUUCAAACAGCGUCGACUGGCAGAAUUUCAUGGGCAAAAGUGUUAAAGAUGAUUAAUUUAACAAGCAUCUUCAAACCGUCCAGUGAAAGAAGCCAAGAAAACGAAAUGUUAUAACAGACUAAUUUAUAAAAAGUCUCAGGUCUUGUGGCCCACAGUUUCUGAGUUAUUUGUCGAAAUGUUUCUCGCACCUUUGUAGAGCUUUGUAUGGAGACGCCAUAUUUGUGGACCGUUUUGGUGCACCAAUAAUUAAUUCAAUAUGGCCGCCGUAUCGGUAAAUAGUUCAAUUUGUCCCCAUUUUUUUGUUUUUUUUUUUCGUAAAACAUAUUUUUAUUUUUUGACAGACUUAGAAUAUACCGGUAAACUAAUUGCAGGUUCAUUAUCAGCUUUCAUUUCUUAAGUACAGUCACAAGUUAGCCUUAGGCACCCUUUGAUUCCUUGUUGCGGCGAGUACGUUAGGGACACAAUAUUCACGUCUCCACGGGACCGCCAUUUUACGUGGUCAUCCGAGCCACGCGAAGGUCUAGCCAUUUGCAGUACCUUCAAUUCACAGUUAUUUUAAGACCCUGAGUGUUGGUCCGGUCCCGUGAAUCGAACCCGCGACCUCCCGCUCUGCAGUCCAGCGCUCUACCGCAAGCUGUUAGCUCCGCGUGCCGGAAACUUAAAAAUUCAAGAUAUAUUUUAUCUCUGGAUACUAUGUCACGAUCAUGCAACCCGUCUGAAAAAGAGACACUUCUCACACCCUUUCAAAUCACAAAUAAAGGACAAACAAAAACCUGAGAAGUUAACCGUGUAAACUAUCUUUUGCCAAAAAGAAUUAAAGCAGAAGGGAGCGUGACCUUCCAAAAUUGCCGAAAUUUCCAACUACAACGUUCUUUGUUAUUUUAGUUUCAUUAUUAUAGUCAUAUAUAUUAUCUUUUUCUUGCUUAUCUGAAAGUUGUAACGUAUACCGUAAUAUUUCCAUUUCGUUUUCAUAACAUUUCUUGUUUUGUGAAUUGGUUUAACCUCAAUCAUUUUUUCCUUCGUUCCUUUCCUUAUUUGCAAAUAAGCAUCAGCCAGCUCGAAGCUUUACUACUUUUGCUGUUGCACGCUGAUUUAAAAAUUGUACGUUUUUGUUUUUUUAAUCUCUACCAUUUUGUUCUCCAUAGUUUCUUGUAUUAUCUUUUUUUUACUCUAUCCGAAUAGUGUGAAAAAAAAGAUGAUGAUGGUGACAAAAACAACCGUUUCCUUCCAUACAAAACCUAUUUCAAGGGUUAUACUUACACAAUAUUGUUAUGGUGGGAUAAAUAUUACUUCGCCAAACGUUCCUGCGAAGGAAGACUAACACAUUUCGUAGGACCCUUUUCGUAACCGCGGCAGAAUUAGUUCAGUCGGAGAAGCGCGAAUUCGAAUCCUGUCAAUUGAGUGUGUGUUUGUUUUCUCUUUCUUUCUUUCCUACUUUUGGCAUUUUUCACCAUCAAACGCGCGCACAUAUUCACUCAAACAAGCUAGGUGUGAAGAGACGCGGAAUGCCGAAAAGAGACAGAUUACAGAUUAAUGUUUGACUUGGGGCGUUUAUUCAGUGUCAAAUAUGGUCUAGCCUGUGUACAGACGCCCUCCUCCUCUCUGAAAAAAUCGGGGAGAGACACGGGAGGGGGGUGUCUGUACACAGGCUGAUAUGGUCUGAUUCGUUACCCGUAUUAAAAAUCCCUAGAAUUGUAGCUAGCCCGACUUCACGUUCAACAAGCGUUCUUAGUUGAGUUGAGCAAGCAGUAAUAAAGGGACCGGCAAAGCGUUCCGACCUUCAAAUUGGGGGCAAAAAAGGCGCGGCAGAGACGCGCCCGUGCUUUUCUUUUUAAUUUAUUUCUUUGCGCCAUUUUCCAUACGUUGUAUUGUACAUUCCGCUUAAUUAUGCCAUUCCGCAAAGUCCUUCCGUCCUUUACCCUCACCGUUGUUUACAGUGUUGUUCAAUUCACUUUCCAUGUUCAGGAUCCCCAGUGAUCCUUUGUUGACACUAGAACUAAAAAGACUUUCUCUGAUUCACCUACAAAAUUAUAAAAGCGGUUCUCGUCAAUCACAUCGCCAAGGUAAACCCACAUUUUCGCUCGCACUUCCUAGCCAACGGCUACUGCUAGUUUAUUUCUUUUUAAGAAACUUUAGGUAAGGCAAAGAUAAGUGAUUAUUAUAUAAACACCAAUAAAAUACCAGGUGAGCUUUCGCGCGAAAACAGGAUAUCUUCACACUUGAAAAUAACAUGUGAAAAGAUCACCGUUGCUAUCGCAACAUAAUAAAUCGCGCCUUUCGCCGCAAAAAAACUAUUUAAGUGAAAUGGUUUCGCAUUCAUCGGUGUUUAUAUAAUAAAUAGAACAUUAGAUGGCCGCUUGGAGAAACGAAAUUUAUCUUCGAGUGUAGCGUGGCCAUGUAAUAUCCUCUAUCUUUAUCGAUGAGAGCUGACUUUGUUGUGUGUCCAAGGGUACGUCCCCAUAGCGUUAAUUAAUUAUUAAUUCAAAAAAACUUACAAGGCGCAAGUAUCUAUAUAAAUAUUUUCAAAUGCGUUUUGUUGUUUUUGUUUUUUUUUUCCUUUUUCCUUUCAUUUUCAGGCCUAAGAGUUUAUGGAAAGGAUUUCAGACAAAUACAGAAAAACAAGGUGAAUGUCCAUUUUCUAGUCAUUGCGAUAGUUGGUUAUUUUUCAUUGAGAAUCAUUUCACCUUAGAUAACAAUUUUUCACUGAAGUGGAGGUGGCUAGUGGUAAAUAGCCACCACUAGCCACCGACACUGUGAUGAAUUAUUGUUUAAGUAUAUACUACAACAGUGAGAUAAUUGAGCACAAAAUUGAUAAUUUUUACUGCUGCCAACGAUUACAAUUUUUGCGCGCAAAUGACCGAACGGCCGUCGCGUUUUCUUGCCGACAAAUAAAACUUUUGAAGGCUUUUAUCUCUUGUGGGAGAUUUCUUCAAAAGGGGUUGUGAAUUAUCUUUCUAUUUGAAACCACCCCGUAAAAAAAUAUUAAAUUUAGUUUUAAACUUAUUUAUGAACAUGUCAGCUAAAUAGAGUAACGCAAGCCUUUUUCGCUUCUUUAAUCGAUAAAUUCAAGUCAAACAGACUAAGCGUUACCUGUAAAACUUCCAAACCGAAUUUCGUCAACUUCUUCGUGUAUUUCGGGAACAGCUUGUUUGAUUAUUUGUGACAUUUAUUUGUUUGUUACGGCAGCAAACCGGAAAGCCAUUUUAGCUCAUUUUGUUCGUAACGGGAGUUUGGCGUCGCUCGGAGGAGCAGCUGAAGGUGAAACGGUGAAUAGCACUGGAUAUCCCGACUUUUAGUUGCCAAUCAGAGCGCGCGAAAAACACUAUCCACUGUUUUAGUAUAUACUAAAAACACUUAUUACAUUAAAUAAAAGCAUGUGAAAUAGAGAUUACUAAGAACUACAGUUAAUCGACUUUUUCUUUUAUUUACUACGUUAGUUUUUUAGUUUUUAGUAUUGUUAUUUUUUUGUAAAAUUGCAUUAAUUAGAAUAAGAUUGUGAUGGGAAAAAAGAUCCUUGUGCCGUGUUUGGAUGUAAUAAUGAUCGCCUUUUUUUCUUUUUUUGUAAAAGAAAUUUUUCGAUGAUCUUUAGCUUAUCAUCAAAAAAAUAUUUCCCGAAAAUGAUGAUUUUUUUUCUUGGAUGGUCCCCUGAACGCUACUUUUGUCAGUAAUCUUAAGAAUUGUUUUAAUAUCAAAUCAGGUUAUAUCAAGGACUGUGGGAGAAAUCGUACAAUUCUAUUAUUUAUGGAAGAAAACAGAAAGGCAUGAUGCAUUUGCUUGCCAGACUCGUUUAACAAAGAAAAAAUACGCUUUCCAUCCCGGAAUCACGUAAGUACAUGCCAAACUUAGAUUAGGUGCUGUUAAACUAGACCUUGUCCCCAAGGCUCCCUUUCGAGAAGAGCAUUGUGCUUCAAGAUAGGAAUAUUUAGACGUUUCAAGAUUCUUUCUUUUUAGUUUGGUGUCGUUCUUUAACCUAUUAAAAAAGGAAUUAGUUCGUUUCCAAUUUGCGACCUCGUAAAGUUUAACCGGUUGUUUCAUCGAGUGCUUAAAAAAUUAAAAUAGAUUAAAUGGUCGAUAACAUUUUUUUACCGUAAUUUGAGUCACGGUGAAAGUGCAGAUGACACGAGCUCAAAUUGUUUUUUGUUCAAGCGAUUCAUCUCGAAGCUCACAAAAAUUGACCUUUAUAUAGUUAAAACCCUACAUUUACUUCAUAGCGGAACCCCAUUGCAAACAACAUUUGGUAAUCUAUCCAUCUGAGACUGAAAUUUCGGUUAUGACGUCAAGUACGACCGAACGCCGACCGAAAGACGCUGAAGGAGAAGUCAGGAGUCAGCCCGUCGGGGGGAGCAGCAUAGCCCCAUGGCUAAAACAUUUGGUUCUGUCCAUUCGAGAAAUGCUGAUAGUAAGCUAGUGUGGGCUGGUAUUGCUCAUUCAGAUUAUCAUCAAAGACAGCUAUCAAAACAGGGUAUCCGCUGACCAGUAUCACAUGACCUUAACGCGGGCUCCAGUUUCGACCCAUUGAGGUUGCGUGUUUUCUUGAGGUCCGCCGCUACUGAUCGCAGUCUCAAGAUUAUUUUUUUAACGCAUAUAGCACGUGAAAUAUUUUUGUGCUUAUGAGCCAGCGGCCGGACGCGAAAAGUCAGCCUUUUUACAGGUAGGGAAGGCAUUUGCUAUUAAGGUGUUCAUGAAAUCGUUGAGUUCGUCUUUGUGUACCGCGGUGAAUGUGUGGUCAACGUAGCGUAACCAAAGAGGUAUAGUAACCUAGCCUGGGACCAGGUUCCGCAGUGGAAGAAAAAGGCAAAAAACGGGGCCAAAUAGGAAAAAUAUCGGCGAGCGAAGCGAGCCUAGCGGUGACCUGGGGAGGGGGAAAGGACGGCGGAGCCUGGAAACAUGCCUUUGACGCCGCCGUUCCUUGAUACCAGAUUCUGGAAUCAUGCUCUGACUGGUCAAAUGUCUUCAUGUUGACAGAUUCGAGGUGCCGUUGACAGUAUCGCGCUCUUUCAAUGUCACGCUCCUACAAUUCGGAAAAACAUUUUUAAAACACGGAUAAAUUUGGAGCAAGCAAUACAAAUGUCUUUGCGAGACUUCAGCUGAGACUUUUCGUUUAUCCCUCGGCUCCAAGAGCAAAAAAUAUGCCUGUGAUCUGUUGUAAAAAGAAAAAGAAGCAUUCAAAAUAUCGAGCUUUUCUUAUACUCUCUUGUGAUAAAUUACGAUCACAUUUACAAAGCGAUUGACUUAUAAACCGACGUUCAAAAGACACAGCAUUAUAAUCAGGCUCCUACCGAAAACAUGAAAAAACCCAACGUGCAGUGUAUGUAUGCAAAGAAUGCCUGUUGCGUAAAACUAAGCCUUGUGCUCCGAGAACACGUAAACCACAACUUUACGGAGGUAUUCUGUGAGCAGUUCUCUCUUGCAUGGCUUUUUGGGUUUGCGAAGUCGUUCGCGUCGCUUGUCUGUUGCUUAGUUAACAAACCAAAUACGCAACUGACAAGCGACGCGAGCGACUUCGUAUAAAACGCUAAAAUCUUUGCAUGCAAGAGAGAAACCUCUGCUCGCAGGCUAGUGCAAAGAUAACAACGGUUGAGGAAAAUCAGGGGAAAUGAUUAUUACUGACCAAUAGCAAUCUUUCGUCUGUUACAUUGUAAGAAGCUAUGUCAACGAGCAUUAUGACGCGACCUGCGAACUUGAAGGAUUUCCUUGAUAAUCUAUUCGGCUGUUCUUCACCGGUCGCAUUCGACGCGAUGUCGUCUGUAGGUAGUGGUAGUGACACAUUCACCACUGUACACAAAGACGAAAUCGACAAUUUUCACGAACCCCUUAACAGACAGAACACGGACGCACAGUUUACCAAGAAGAUCGAGAAAAAUGCUGUAAGACCUUUUCAUUACUGCUUGGUCACUCGCGACAACAAGACUACGAACGACAAUUUACAGAAAACCGACACCUACCGACCGAUUACUAGACCAGUCAUCGUGCAACUCGACCUCUCAUAAAGGGGACAACUAUACGGACUUUGACGAGACGAGCGCAACCAGUUUGCGAUUCGCCUGGCAGCCUGCAAGACGAGACUGACUACCUAAACAACGUUAUUAGUAAAACAACUACAACACGGACGACUCACAGUAACGCUGAUUCCAAAACUCAGACUAACGUCAACUCUGGCCCUGUUACGACAGGAACUAUACCUUACAUUAGAGGCACCUCUGAAACUAUCGCACUUGUACUAUACAACCUUACAAUAUACCUGUUGCACAUAAACCGAUAAUUACGACGACUACUUACUAAUGUCAAGGACAAAGACAAACCGGAGGACAGACAGGGAGCAGUAUACAAGAUCAAAUACUGCGACUGCCAGGCUACUUAUAUGGUGAAACCGGUAGAAACCUAAGCACACGACUUAACCGAACACAAACGAACGACGAGAAAUGGUUACGUCAACAAUCACAUUGCUGAGCACCAUUUACAGGCAAAACAUCAAAUCGUAUUACGUAUUCUACAGACUACUAUCAACGACUCACUUUAGAAAGCUGGUUUACUAACUUCAAACAAACUCCACUGAAUCGUUGUGAACAGUUACCGGCACAGUACAAACGACUUAUUGACGGAAUCGAGCAAAACUAACUCCGAGAGAACGACUGGACAACUGGUCAAUUUGACUAAAAAUAAACGACUGGUUAACUAUGCAAUAGACUCAUCGAAACGAACCAAUGAAAUUACAAGUCUUCAUAGCCAAUAACAUCACGGCUUUACUGACAGACGACCUAUAACAUCGCGAUUUAAUUGACCAAUCAGAUUAAUAACCAGAGUUUAAUACCAUCAACUGACGUGAUAAAACUCACUUUCACUCUGAAGAUGACUACUCCACAGGUUGUCGAAAGGUCAGUCACUGUCAACAACAACAGUCCUAUUCAAGACUACGUUGACCCGGACGAUCAUAUUCAGCCUACUUAUGAAAUUACUCCUGGGUUCAAACCUUUCACAGUUUUAGAACUUUUUAUUAAAUACGUUAUCACAGCUAUUGAAAAAAAAAGUACGGUUUGAAAUACAUUUACGUCGAUUUCAAUGUUCUUUGAACAUAGCCAGUCUUAACGUCUUAAUAAAGCUGACAGUUUCGAUGACUGUCAGCCAUCUUUAUCAAAACUUGAAAAACAUUAAAAGUGUCAGAAGCCUUAAAUAGGCUUCUGAAGGUGUUAAUUAUUGCGAUAAACGCGCAAAGUCACUCUGUAGACGCCCCAUCCCCCCCUGUUUUGGGGGUGGAGAUUACUCGUGUCCAUAUGGGAGAAAGCGAAAAGGUAUAUAUCGGUGAAACAGGGAGACAGCUGGGAACCAGGAUCACAGAACACGGAAAGGAAGCAGAAAAGAUCUCUGACAGAAAUUUCACAAGAUCCACCCGCAGAGCUUCUACCAAUGAACACCAUUAAUCAGCCAUAACAGACCACGUCUGUCAGAACAAUCAUAUUAUGAAUUGGAAAGCAAGUGAAAUAGUUGAGCAGGAAAGCGACAAGUUUAAGCGAUAGAUCAAGGAAAGCAUAUGUAUUAGAUCGAACACUCCUACUAUAAACAGGGACGAGGGAGACUAUCAGCUUUCUCCCAUAUGGACACAAGUGAUCUCCACCCCCAAACCAGGGGGGAUGGGGCGGCUACAGAGUGACUUUGCGCGUUUAUCGCAAUAAUUAACACCUUCAGAAACCUAUUUAAGGCUUCUGACACUUUUAAUGUUUUUCAAGUUUUGAUAAAGAUAGCUGACAGUCAUCGAAACUGUCAGCAUCAUUAAGACGUUAAGACUGGCUAUGUUCUAAGAACAUUUAAAUCGACUUAAUAACUUCACUAGCCUGAUGAAUUUCUUCAAGAAUACAUUUACGUGUUAUUUGAAUUCAAGCAUACAGAUUUUUUUUACUUCUCACAGAGGUUAUUUGCUUAAUGCCACACUUUAAGUUCCCUGUGCUGGCUUUUCAUAGUUCAAAGUUUUUUGCUAUUGCUGUCAUAGUGAUAUCGAUGUAACUGAAAACUGCAUUUUGACAAACUUUAAUUGAUAGUCAAUCACUGGUGAAAAUUUCACAGCGAUCGGAUAGCGAUAAAAAACUUUUAAGGGGAUUGAAAAAUCCUUGGUGUGGUCUCCGAAAAACUGUAUCGAAACACCUUAAGGUGUAUAAUUGUCUACGAAGUGAGACGCACUGACAGAUGUCCUUUUGUCUCGAUUUCCGCUCUUAUUCAUUCGAGGCUGCUGGACCAAAUUGCUUUAUUGUUCUCUGUAAAAUACUUCUGCCGUGGAAUGUAAUCGCCAAAAGCAUUUCUCGAUCUCCAAAACGGCCAGUCCAGACAACGCCGACCAAGUUUUUCGUUUGAUGACGACAUUGCGUUGCGGAAAAAUGCUUUUCAACGUUGCACCGUGAGUUGAAAAGCCUUUUCGUUACGGUUCGUAGCAUUGUUCUCACGACGGUGAGAAUCUUUUCUUUUGUAGAUUUCUCAGUAAGGGUACAUAAUUAUGUUUGUUGACAUGUUAUGAAUAUUUGUAGAAAUAUCGAUGUUUUAUCUGUUUUUUUUUGGCUAUCUCGUCUUUAUUGACAGCCGCUAGUUUGUUACCGAACUUAAUAUUGCUAAACUUAGUUUAGCUCUAACCUCGGAUAUCAAUACGCUGCUUUCGAUUGAGAAGUACGUUCCCGGGUUUUUUUAUUCCGGGUUUCCGUACCGGGCAGUGUAUCAUUGCUAUGCAGUUUUUUCUAGGUUUUUCUCUUAGCCUUAAUUCUUUGUCUUGUCUUUUCACUGUUUUUUUCUUUGGGACUAUUUCAUAUUUCAUUUUUCAUGUUUGCUUCAUGUCUGCGUGUCCAGGUAGAUCUUAGAGUUUAUAUGAAUUCAUAAUUUUGACAUUUUUUAAAGAUUAUUUGUUAAUUAUUGUUGAAUAGUAAUUGUUAUGUACUUUUUGUGCAUUGUUAUCCCGACUAUGUUGACACUACGUAUAGAUAUUUUGUUAAUAAAGCGCUGGUCCUUACUAUCCAUUAGACAUCCAGCACAAGUCACACUCCAUUCUGUUGUCGCGUUAUUUAUUCGGCGUUUAGUGCGCUGUGCGGAGGGUAGUAAUGAAAUACCAUCCAAGUUUGCAAGCCGCUAUGCUCCACGCCCGAACUGUGCACUGGGCGCGCGGCAAAAUUAUAAACCUCGCUUCGCGAAGUAAAAACUCAGUUGGUAAAUAAGGACAGUUUAAUAGUCCCUAGUCGUUGCAUGUCAUAACAUUUUAUUAUUUUUUUUGUCAGUGAAAAGAAAUUGUACGCAUAGGGGCAGCUAAGUGUUUAGACCCUAAUAUCAUCAAUCAAAUUCUCCAGACUACAUAAGCGGGGCGGAUCGAGAAAAUUCAGAAAGGGGCGGCCGGAACCCUUAGCUAUGAAGAAUACUAUUUAUUUUACUGGGAAGUCUUAAAAAAUAAUAGAAAAUAUCACUGGUAGGUUUUAAACAAUUAAGGACUAUUAUUACUUGUUCUUUUUAAUGCUCCAAAGGCAUAGGACUCUUGAAGCAUGUUAGCCCGUUUCUUAAGCAACGUCAAAGGGAAACCUAUUACAAUGGUGUUAUAAAGCCCACCCUCUAUGGGAUCAUGAUAUAGGACAGCUGCAAUGCCGAACAUCUUCAAAGUAUUUUAAAACUUCAAAAAAGAGCGGCACGCAUUAUACUCGAUGCUGAAAGACUUACACCAUCAGUCAUAUUAUUCAAUAAUCUAAACUGGCUCCCUUUUACUAAACAAUCUCUAAUAAAGAGAUGCGCACUAGUGUAUACGUGGGUCCACUAUUAUAUUACGCCUAGUUAUUUAAAUUGUCUGUUAGUCAGAAAUUCAGAAAUUCAUAAUCGAGCCACUAGACAUUCAAACAUAAAUCUGGUGUGCCCCAAGUAUAAACGAAAAACAGAAGGAGGUCGUGCUUUCACUAUUAGGACAAUAAAGGACUGCAAUUGCAUGAAUGCCAAUAUAAGAAAUAAUGGCUCGCUAGCAAGUUUUAAGCAUAACGUUUUUAAAUCCUUUCUAGCUGAACAAAAGGCUGCGAUGCUCUCCUUAGACUAUAAUUGUAUAUACGUUUUAUGUUGUUUUUUAUCUAUCUUAGUCAUAAUGUCUUUUUAGGAAUCAUUUAUUAUAUUUUAUCCUAAAUUAUCUUUGAAAAUAGUAUAUUUUAUAGUUUUUAGUUGUAGAGUCUAUAUUUGUAAUUGUUUUAAGGGCCACAGAGUCAUCAGUAUCUUAGGACUACUGUUAAGUGUUUUACCCUCUUUAAAUAAAGCCUAUUAUUAUUUUAUUAUUAUUAAUGCUGGGCUAGCACAGAUGAGCUCUUCCCGCCGGUGGGGACGACAACAUUCUUUGUCAAAUAAAUAGGAAGAUAAAAAAAUAAAUAAAUGUAUUUUUAUGUAAAUGUAUGUAUUGGAAGGAUUGUAAUUUGAUUAUACUUUGUUGUUUUAGAAACGUAAGAGAGGGCUACCUUCGUGCUAAGGUUACCCUAGCAAGCGGGUUAAAGCUAGCUCUGGUUUACAAGCAAAUUUCACAGUUAGGGUUAACCUAACACUAGGGUUACCCUUCCUCCUUGUAAACAGGUCCUCGGCUGUGUUUGGCCUCGUCCACAUGUAUCCAAUUAUUUUUGAAAACUGAGAUUUUUCCUCCGUUUUGAAAAAAAAGGUGUUCACACGUAGCGUAUUCGAAUCGUUUUCACCUGACCACACGAAAACGCUGAGACGGUGGAGAUACGAUUGCGUAUCGUACAGGGCGUGCGCUGUGUGACGAAUGACAUCAUCGUAUUCGGAAACCUUUACUCCGCAGAGCGUUUUUGAAAAGAUGCGUUUUCAGUGACUGUUUUUACCGGAUACGUGUGAUCAGUAGGCCAAACCGGAAAAAAAGAAAUCUCCGUUUCUUGAAGAUAAAUUGAUGCAAUAGUUGCCUCAGUCGUACCUGUUUUUAUCUUUUUAUUUAUAUAUUUUUAUAUUGAUUUAACCUCAUUUUUGCGUUUGCAUUAGGGAUUACAUGGACAGGUUUCUGGAUGAAAACGAAAGUGCAGCAUCUAGUCGUGCCUCCAGUCCACACAACUUCUCAUCAAAAGCACGACCAGGAAAUGGAGCGAGUCCUGUUUCUACUCAGAGCCAAAGCCAUCAGCCAGUAGCAACACAGCCGUAUGCUGUACAUACAGUGGCAGCACCUACCUCAGCACAAAGCACUGGUCUCACUAUAAAUGUUUCAAAUUCCAACUCUCUGUCUAUUACCCUGACAAGAGGAGAUGCCAGUGAUAAAUCUCCUAACAGACUCAUGCAGCAGCAGCAAUCGUGUGUACCAACAUCCGUUAUAGUGUCAGGUCCAGACUCCGGUAGUGAACCUCCUUCUAAAAAGCUAAAAAUGCUUCCUAGUGGAAAACCAAAGUUAAUCAGCAGCAUGCUAAGUAAACCUCCACCUUUAAAACCUAUUGCAACUUCAGAAUCAUCAACUUUUCAUACAAGUAGCUUGGGCAGUACAUCAUUGGUGUCAAGCGGGGUGUCCGGCUUUAAUAUAUCUAAUUCACAUGAAUAUUCUUACUUAGCUGCAGUUCGAAAAACGCCUGGUCCAGACUCUAUUCUCUUUACACAGCACAAGUGA